AGGAGAGGGAACAUUUGGCGCCAUUUUUCAUUGUUGUAAGCACGGUUGCAGUUGUUGUUGCUGCUCUGCUCACUCACUCCCUCCUUCCUUCACCAAACCCUAGCUAGCUCCACUCUUCCUCAAUCCUCCAUUCGUCAAUGGCUGCAACUCCUUCCAAAUUCCUUCAAACUCCCUCCAAACCCAAACUCCGAUCCCAAUCCAAUCCCAAAUCCUCGCCGGUUGUAACCCCCGACACUCCACAAACCCUAUAUCCUCGCAGAUCCACGCGCGCCAAGUCCCUCCUCUUCGAUGCUCCCAAGCCUCCCCACACACCGCUCGAAAUCUCGCUCACAACUCCGAAGCGGAGGAUACGACGAUCCAUCGAUUGUGUCGAUCAGGAUUCCGGCGAAGAUAAAGCCACAACCAGCAAAAUUUCAGAUAAAAAUAAAGCUCCGGUCGUCGAUGCGUCAAAGAAGAAGAAGAAUGGGAAGAACUCAAUUGAAGUUUCCUUUGCUCCGGUAACACCGGCUUCAUCGGAAAAGGCAUCCACGAGGAAGAGGGAGGGUGAGGGGGGUGUUGUUACCAGAGCUAAAAGAAGGAAAUCGGAGAAUCGUGAAAAGAGUGCAAAACUGCCUCAGAGGCGCGUGUAUUACACAAAGGUGGUUUAUGAUGGAGGUGAGUUUGAAUUGGGGGAUGAUGUUUAUGUGAAGAGGAGAGAAGAUGCUAGCUCCGAUGACGAAGAUCCCGAAAUGGAGGAGUGUAGGAUGUGUUUUUCCUCAAACGAUGAGGUCAUGAUUGAGUGUGACGAUUGUUUGGGUGGGUUUCAUUUGAAAUGCUUGAGGCCUCCAUUGAAGGAUGUUCCUGAAGGGGAUUGGAUCUGUGGGUUCUGCGAGGCUCGUAAGAUGGGUAUGGAAGUUCAGUUACCAAAGCCUCCAAAGGGUAAGAAACUAGUUAGGACUAUGAGGGAGAAGCUCCUUUCCAGUGAUUUGUGGUCUGGUCGUAUUAAAAGCAUAUGGAGAGAGGUGGAUGACAACUAUUGGUGUCGGGUGCGCUGGUAUACAAUCCCAGAAGAGACUUCUGUUGGGCGGCAACCUCAUAACCUGAGGAGGGAGCUAUAUCGAACUAAUGAUUUUGCUGACAUUGAGAUGGAAUCUGUCCUUAGACAUUGCCAUGUCAUGACCCCCAAAGAAUAUGCUAAAGCUAGCGAUGAGGGAGAUGAUGUUUUCUUAUGUGAAUAUGAGUAUGACAUCCAUUGGCACAGUUUCAAACGUCUUGCUGAUAUUGACAAUGAAACAGAGAAUGGUGAAGAGCAUGACAGUGACGAAGACUGGAAUGUUGACAAGGAAUCAGACUCUGACACAGAUGAAGAUGUUGAAUACGAAAAAGAAAAUAUUAAAAAUACACAAUCUAAGCCAUCAACAAGCCAUCACUUAGCUGCAAAUCUGCAGAAGGGACAGUUCUUUGGACUUCAAAAGAUAGGCACAAAAACAAUUCCACAGCAUGUAAGAUCGCACAAACAGACUGAUCUUGAGAGAGCAAAGGCUACACUGUUGUUAGCGUCACUGCCAAAAUCUUUACCUUGUAGAAAUAAAGAAAUGGAGGAGAUAACUGCAUUCAUCAAUGGUGCUCUUUCUGACAAUCAAUGUCUGGGACGUUGCCUCUACAUUCAUGGUGUUCCGGGAACUGGCAAGACAAUGAGUGUACUAUCAGUAAUGAGAAGCUUGAAGUCAGAAGUUGAUGCAGGAAACAUCAAACCGUACACUUUUGUGGAGAUUAAUGGUCUGAAAUUGGCAUCACCCGAGAAUAUUUACAAGGUUAUUUAUGAGGCACUAAAUGGCCACAGGGUCAGCUGGAAAAAGGCUCUCCACUUGCUAAAUGAGAGAUUUGUAGAAGGAAAGAAAACCAGAGAUGAGGCUGACCGGCCAUGUAUUUUGCUUAUUGAUGAACUUGAUCUUCUAGUAACCAGAAACCAGUCGGUUCUGUACAAUAUUCUUGACUGGCCUACUAAGCCACAUUCCAAGCUAAUUGUCAUAGGGAUAGCAAAUACUAUGGAUCUUCCAGAGAAGUUACUUCCUCGUAUAUCAAGCCGAAUGGGCAUACAGAGGCUUUGCUUUGGCCCAUAUAAUUAUCAGCAGCUUCAAGAAAUCAUUUCAAGUCGCCUCAAGGGAAUUGAUGUAUUUGAAAAGCAAGCUGUAGAAUUUGCUUCAAGAAAGGUUGCAGCAAUCUCUGGAGAUGCACGUCGUGCUUUGGAGAUAUGCAGACGUGCAGCUGAAAUAGCAGAUUAUCGUAUGAAGAAGCUAAUUUCUAAUCCUGAUUGUGUUACUGCAGGAAAGGGACUUGUUGGAAUGGUAGAUGUUGAAGCAGCCAUUCAAGAAAUGUUCCAAGCACCUCAUAUUCAAAUGAUGAAAAGCUGUUCCAGAGUUAGCAAAAUUUUAUUGACAGCAAUGGUGCACGAGCUUUAUAAUACAGGAAUGGGGGAAACCACUUUUGAAAAGUUGGCUAUGAGGGUUUCAUGCUUCUGUACCAGCAACGGAGAAGUGUUUCCUGGGUAUGAUACGCUCCUGCAAGUUGGCUGUAGGCUUGGUGAAUGCAGGAUUAUUUUAUGUGAAGCAGGUGCCAAGCACAGGUGGCAAAAAUUGCAGCUUAAUUUCCCGAGUGAUGAUGUUGCCUUUGCGCUGAGAGACUGCAAAGAUCUGCCUUGGCUGUCAAAGUAUCUAAUGUAGGGAUGAGAAUUACGUUAUGUUCACCAAAUGUUGUUUGGUGGUGCGAGUGAUUUAACAUUCUCAUCCCUUUUCCAAGGUUAUGGAAUUGAUCCCCCUUUAAAUUUAAAGUUCCAAUAUUUAAAAGCACUUAACUCCUUAGCGAGCAACCUGGUACAAAAGGAGAUUAAUUAGACUCACAAGUUUGCCACCUCAUUAUACAGAAAAAAAGGAACAAUUACAUUAUGUUCCCCAGAACAAUUUUGCCCAGAACUUGUAUUUAAAUUCUUUAUGACUUGAAUGAUUUUCACGUCUCUGAUACUUUAAAAUAAUAUAUCAUUUGAUGCUGUA